AUGACUCUCAAGGUGGAACAAGAGAACCCCCUUGUGGCCGGUGGUUCGAAUCAAAGUGGUUCUAAUGAUUUUGUUAAGAAAUUAUUUUUAAUGUUACAAGAAGAUAGUUAUAAGGAUGUAGUUCGUUGGACUUUAAAUGGUGAUAGUUUUGUUGUAUUAAAUACUAAUGAAUUUACUAAAGAAAUUUUACCUCGACAUUUUAAACAUAGUAACUUUGCAAGUUUUGUUAGACAAUUAAAUAAGUAUGAUUUUCAUAAAGUUAAAGUAUCUAAUGAAGAAAAAUUAUCAUAUCCUUAUGGUGAAGAUGCUUGGGAAUUCAAACAUCCUGAUUUUAAAAUCAAUGAUCGAGAAUCUCUUGAAAAUAUUAAAAGAAAAGGUCCAAGUGUUAAAAAAGUUGUACCUGUAGGUACAAAUGGAAUUGGAGAAGUUAAAGUAGUUCAAGCUCCAACUUGUAAUCAUAAUUUUUCACAAAUUACUAAUUCCCAGAAUCAUAUGAAAGAACAAAUUGAAAGUUUAAAGGCAGAUAAUCAAGCAUUACAUCAAGAACUUAAUGUUCUACUGACAAAAUAUAAGACAUUAGUUGAAAAUAUCGUGGCGAUAAAUACUACUGAAGAAAGAAAUCAUCGAUCUUUAGGAAUAUUAAUUAAUUGUCUUCUUCAAGCAGGAAUAAAAUUACCUCCAUUAGAUUUCCCUAAUCCUUCUUUAAUGACAUCUGGAUCUCCUGGAACUUCAGCUCCUCAAAUUUCAACUACAAAUUUACCUAAUCCAAAAUUUCAUGUAUUAUUAGUAGAAGAUGAUAAUGUUUGUAUUCAAUUAUGUCGAAAAUUCUUAGUUAAAUAUGGGUGUCAAGUAACAGUAGUAACUGAUGGAUUAAAUGCUAUUUCAACAGUAGAACAUACCAAGUAUGAUCUUGUACUUAUGGAUAUUGUUAUGCCAAAUCUUGAUGGUGCAACUGCUACUAGUGUUAUAAGAUCAUUUGAUACUAAGACCCCUAUUAUUGCCAUGACAGGAAAUAUUGAAGAUAAUGAUUUGGUUACAUAUUUACAAAAUGGUAUGUCUGAUAUAUUAGCCAAACCAUUUACUAAAGACGAUUUAUAUUCUAUUUUAUCCAAGCAUUUAUUAACUGAACCACCUAAAGUUGAUACUGAUGAAAAUGCAGCAGCUGCAAUUGGUGCACCAACUCCAGUUGCUCCACCAGCAGAGGUUGUAUCUACAGUUCCAGUAUCAGUUCCAGUAUCAGUUCCAGUAUCAGUUCCGGUAUCCGUUCCAGUAUCAGUUUCAGGACCAGGUUCAGUUCCAACAGGUCCAGUUCCAGUUCCAGGAUCAGUUCCUGUGUCGGGAACACUACCUGACCGUAAUGGUUUAGGUGAACCUCUAAAAAAGAAAUCCAGAAUCUAA